ACCCCCGAAGUUGAUAAUCAGCUGAUCAGGUCAGGGUUAACUAUAGACUGCCGCCCCUGAUCAACUAUAAAAAACCCAAAAACUGAUGUCGAAUCAGUAUGUACUUGUGUUCUUAUCAUGUCCACACGCGGAUAUCCUACAUGAAAGUCCGCGUUUUGACUGCACCCAUUGGAUACCAAUGAUUAUGAUGAAAUGUUGAGACAACUGAGUUGGUUGUGUGAUCAGUUAUUUAUAGACAUUUAUUCCUGUGGCACAAAGAAAGCUUGACGCUAGCUUUACUCAUGCAGACGUGACGAAGAAAGAAAUCGCCAAACUUCCUGUGAUCUCCUGCAAUAAGAUGGCGGAAACUGAGAGCAGUUUGGAUAAGAAACCUGCUGGUGAGCAGCAUGGGUGUGUCAGGUGGGUGUUGAGGGUCACUGGGAUCGUCUCUGGUGACAUGACCAUGCCCAACUGGAAAAAUAUUCGGAUCAUGUUCGUUGCCUUGUUUUCAAGUGCAUUUACUCUGUGCUUCCUGUUUCCAUUUUUGCCGGAUAUGGUCUUGUCGAUGGGCUACAAGGAGGAAGAGAAGGGUUAUUACUGUGGUUUGAUAGCUUCUUCAGUGUUUGCUGGCAGAGCAUUUGGAAGUUAUUUCUGGGGUUGGCUCUCUGACAAGAUAGGGCGACGUCCUAUUCUUCUCAUCACUGUGGCUGGUAAUGGGAUUUUCUCAUUUUUAUUUGGGUUCAGCACCAACAUACCAUUAGCCAUGGCCCUUCGUUUCCUCGCUGGCGUCAUAAAUGGCACUGUGGGAACAGCCAAGACAGUGCUGUAUGAAAUCUCAGACAACUCAAAUCAGGCUCUAAGUAUGUCAUCAAUCGGCAUUGCUUGGGGAACUGGCAUGAUACUGGGGCCAUCAUUCGGAGGAUUCCUGGCAUCUCCUGCCAAGAAGUUUCCUCAAGUGUUUGAUGAGAACGGUUUCUUUGUGGACUACGCCUUUCUGCUUCCGUCAGCUGUUGCAGGUCUUGUGUGUUUGGUAGCCUUUAUUAUUAUAUUUUUCACGUUUGAGGAAACACUAAGGAAAACAGAUGUACAGAUUGAGAUUGACGAAACGUCCCCUGAAGACGGUGAAAAACUCUCUUGCAUUGCCUCGAUCUCUGACAGUCAGCAGUUACAUCUCGACACACAUACAUCGUGUCGAUUCUCCGACGUCAGUUCCGCGCUCAAUUUCUCCAUCGAGAAUUUACACUACGAACCUGCGGCAGAGUUGAGUUUCGCAAACAUAGAGAGAUGUCUGCCGUAUGCAGAUGAAGAGGAAAAACAUCACUUCAAUUCUCCUCAAAACCGUGACCAUCUCAACAGCUGCAAUAGCCGUCGACCAAGGUGUAACAGUGAAACUAUCGCUAACGGCUGCAACAAAACUGACCUGCGGACUAGACUGUUGAAAAAGUUAGAUGUAAAUGAUGAACUGGUGCCAUUUUCUGUUCCAAGGACUAAUGGAGUUAGUAAAUUAGUUGAUGAAAACACUCAUAACGUCAAUGCGGAUGUCUGUACAACAGGUGAUAAAUGUAAACAAAAGACUGAAAUUGAAAAGGCUGGUGUUACGGUGAUUGAUGCAAAUGGGAUGGCAGGCAGUGUUGAGGGCUGUACACAAUGUCAUUCAUGUAAGAACGAACCUCUUCAGCUAAUAGACAUUGAAUCGUUAUCACAGGAGAGCAUUGCAAAGGGAAAUAAAUCAGUUGUUUUCUCAUGUAUACAGCAUAUACGUAAUAGCAAACUGGUGUCAUUGUGUAGUCAGUCGGAGGUCAGAUCGAGUGUGAUGAUGUACGCAAUAUUUUCGUUUGGCAUCAUUGCGUUUGAUGAUAUCUUCACUGUGUGGUUGUCCACUGAACCAAGACUAGAUGGUCUCGGUUUCAGCUCGGGUGAGAUUGGAACGUCGCUAAGUGCAGUGGCCGCCCCACUCAUGUUUCUACAAAUCUUGUGCUACCCAGCAACUGCAAAGAGACUGGGCUUAAAAUGGACGUUCAUCAUUGCAUCUUUCUUCAUAAUGAUUCCCGUUCAGCUGAUACCCAUGCUGCACCUCAUAUAUGCCCAGAAAGUGUUGCUGUGGACACUGCUGAUGGCUUUGUUGAUCCCGGAGAAAGCUGCGUGUAACUUCUGCUUCACAUCCAUUUCUCUGAUGGUGAACAACUCGGUCAGUCCGGAAAACGCUGGCACGGUCAACGGAAUCGCGAUGACAGUGACCGCACUCGCAAGAACGAUGGCGCCAACAGUAGCAGGCAGUUUGUAUUCUUGGUCAGUGAGUUAUGGAAUCCACCUCGGCGCUCCAUUCGACAUCAGCUGCAGUUUCGUCGUGAUUGGAGUCAUAGUUAUGUUCAGUAUUAUACAAGGUGUGUUCCUGCCCCAGAACCUCGACAAACAGCAGAAGUGAGCGAGACUCGACUUGUGACUUGACUUGUGACUUGAUUUACGUUGCCAAGUGUCUAACAGUACUUACGCCGUGUUGUAAUUGUAUUCAGGCAGGUAGCAGUUCACUUUUUAAGCAAUAGUUCAAGCCUCUAUAAACAGGAAUAUUCAUUUUUGGUUAUUGUCUUUUCAGACUGGUGUAUGUUAUGAUAGGUAAAAGUUGAUGGAUUAAAGUUAUGAAAUAUGCAUUAGGAAGGCAUAAAAUGCAUUAAUUACAAUAGUGUAAAAUUACUUACAAUGAUGUAAGAAUACAUUGUUUACAAUGGUGUAUAAAUGUAUUAGUUACCGUGGUGUAAGGUGCCAUUAAUUACAGUGCUGUAGAUCUAUUAACAAUUACAAUGGUGUAAAUGUUCCUUGAAUUACUAUGGUGUAAAAAUGCAUUCAUUACAAUGGUGUAAGCAAUUUCUAUUUUCUGAAUCAAACUGGUUUUAUGGUAUUUUAGUUGAUAAAUAAAACAAUUACAUCAUGACAUUUGAUGGAUCUGUAUCCAAGACAGACUAUUUCUGUCUCAGUCAUUUUAUGAGUCAACUUUAUGACAGUUUUGUAGUCAAAAGCAGUAGUUUUGUUAACUUUAUUUUGUAUUUAUUUGUUAUUACCCGGUACAAUUACAAUGUUAAUUGUUUGGGGUACUGUAUUUGUUUUAAUUAUAAUGCAAUGAUAAAUCCAUUACUCACAAUGGUGUAAAAUCCAUUAAUCACAAUAAUGUAAAAAUAUCCAUAAAUAACAAUGGUGUAAAAAUCCAUUAAUCACAGUGGUGUAAAAAAAAAAAUCCACUUUCUGAAUUAAACUGAAAUUUGACAGAUCUGUGUCCAUGCCGUGUCAUCAGUCAUUUUAUGAAUCAACUUUAUGAUAGUUUUGUAGUCAAAAGCAGUAGUUUUGUUAACUUUAUUUUGUCUUUAUUUGUUAUUACCUGGUAUGUAAGUAUACAAUGUUAAUUGUUUGGUGUACUGUAUUUGUUUUAAUUAAAACACAAUGAUAAAUCCAUUAAUCACAAUGGUGUAAAAAUCCAUUAAUUGCAAUGUAGUAAAAGGCCAUUAAUCAAAAUGGUGUAAAAGUCCAUUAAUCACAAUGGUGUAAAAGUCCAUUAAUUAGUGGAUAUAUGGAAUUUUAUACUUUUGGAAUAAAAAUGUUUCAACAGUAUUUUAGUUAAUAAAUCAUGAAAUUUGACAGAUCUGUGUCCAUGACAGAUUGUAUUUCUGUCUCAUCAUCCAUUUUAUGAGCCAAUUUUAUUAUAGUUUUGUAGUCAAAUGCAGUAGUUGUUAAUUUUGUUAUAGUUUUAUAGUCAAAUGCAGUAGUUGUGUUAAUUUUGUUUUGUAUUUAUUUGUUAUUAUAUAAAUAGGUUAAUUGAUGAAUUUGUUUUAUAUGUGUUCAGUUUUUUAAAGUAUUGAUAUUAUUUUAAGAUUUUAUUAUUACACGAUGAUGUAUUAGUGGUAUGUUUGUCUGCCAUUUCAUAUUAUAAUAUUAAUGAGCAGUAUAUUAUAAUAGAAAAAUGCAUGUUUUAUAAACUGAAGUAUAAUGUUAUGUGUCAUUUUACAUGACAUCAUAUUCAAUAUUUUUGUGCUACAACAUAACAAAAUGUAAAAAAAUAUCAAUCUAAUUAAAAUUAGCUCCACUAUUACAUGUGGAUCUAACAGCAGCCCGUUGGAGCUCAUGUCCAGUUAACCUUUC